GGGGGGGCGGGAGCCGCUGCGAAGUUUCCCGGGGCCGGCGCGGAGCCGCGGAGCGGGACCGGGCCGAACCGGGCCCCUCCAUGGCUCGGUAACGGGGGGGGCGCCAUGGGCCGGGCUCCGGGGGGGCUCCCGGGCCUGGUGCUGCUGCUGCUGCACCUCGGGGCGGCCGCAGUGCUGCCAUGCCCGGAGGGGACAAACCCCUGCGAGAACGGGGGGCAAUGCGUGCUGCACCCCAACGGCCGCACCGCCUGCCUGUGCCGGCCGGGGGCGCUGGGGGAGCGGUGCCAGCUGCGGGACCCCUGCGUGCCCUCGCCCUGCGCCCACGGGGGGCUGUGCCAGAGCACCCUGCACGACGGCACCCUGAGCCACCUCUGCCUCUGCCCCCCCGGCUUCCGCGGCCCCUCCUGCUCGCUGCCAGACCCCUGCACCCCCUCGCCCUGCCUCAACGGGGGCACCUGCCGCCCCCUCGGUGAGGGGGGCUUCGAGUGCAGCUGCCUGCCCGGGUUCACGGGGCAGGGCUGUGACACCAACGUGGACGAUUGCCCCGGGCACAAGUGCCAGAACGGGGGCACCUGCGUGGACGGGGUCAACACCUACAACUGCCAGUGCCCCCCCGAGUGGACGGGCCAGUUCUGCACCGAGGACGUGGACGAGUGCCAGCUGCAGCCCAACGCCUGCCACAACGGGGGCACCUGCUUCAACUCGCCGGGCGCCCACGUCUGCGUCUGCGUCAACGGCUGGACGGGCGAGAGCUGCGCCGACAACAUCGACGACUGCGCCACCGCCGUCUGCUUCCACGGCGCCACCUGCCACGACCGCGUCGCCUCCUUCUACUGCGCCUGCCCCAUGGGCAAGACGGGGCUGCUGUGCCACCUGGAUGAUGCCUGUGUCAGCAACCCGUGCCACGAGGAUGCCGUCUGCGACACCAACCCCGUCAACGGCCGCGCCAUCUGCACCUGCCCCCCCGGCUUCACCGGCGGUGCCUGCGACCAGGACGUCGACGAGUGCUCCAUCGGCGCCAACCCCUGCGAGCACUUCGGGCGCUGCGUGAACACCCAGGGCUCCUUCGAGUGCCGCUGCGGCCGGGGCUACGCGGGGCCGCGCUGCGAGAGCGACGUCAACGAGUGCCUGUCGGGGCCCUGCCGCAACCAGGCCACCUGCCUGGACCGCAUCGGGCGCUUCACCUGCAUCUGCAUGGCCGGUUUCAGCGGCCCCCUGUGCGAGCUGGAGGUGGACGAGUGCCAGAGCAGCCCCUGCGCCAACGGCGGCCGCUGCACCGACCUGGUCAACGGCUUCGCCUGCUCCUGCCCCCCCGGCUUCUCGGGCCCCACGUGCCAGACGGACAUGGACGAGUGCGCCAGCACCCCCUGCCAGAACGGCGCCAAGUGCAUCGACCGGCCCAACGGCUACGAGUGCCGCUGCACCGAGGGCUUCGAGGGCGCCCUGUGCGAGCGCGACGCGGAUGACUGCACGCCGGACCCAUGCCACCACGGCACGUGCGUGGACGGCAUCGCCAGCUUCUCCUGCGCCUGCGCCCCCGGCUUCACCGGGUACCGCUGCGAGCUGCAGCUGGACGAGUGCCACAGCCAGCCCUGCCGCCACGGGGGCAAGUGCAUCGACCGCAUCGCCUCCUACCAGUGCAACUGCCCCCCCGGCACCGCCGGCGUCAACUGCGAGGUGAACCCCGACGACUGCGCCAGCGACCCCUGCGUCCACGGUGUGUGCCAGGACGGCAUCGGCCGCUACGACUGCGUCUGCCAGCCGGGCUUCACAGGCCCCCGCUGCAACGUGGAGAUCAACGAGUGCGCCUCGAACCCGUGCCACGACGGCGGCACCUGCGUGGACGGCGCCAACGGCUUCACCUGCCUGUGCCCGCCGGGCACCCGCGAUGCCCAGUGCCGCCCGGGCACCCUGCCCUGCCACAGCAGCCCCUGCACCCAUGGCACCUGCCGUGACCACGGGGAUGGGUUCUCGUGCGAGUGUGAGCCGGGCUGGGGGGGCCCCACGUGCGCCCAGCGGGGGGACGCCUGCGCCUCGCGGCCCUGCCGCCAUGGGGGCACCUGCACCCCCCUGGGGGGGGGCUACCGCUGCGCCUGCCGCCAGGGCUACCAAGGUGCCCAGUGCCAGGUGGAGGUGGACGCCUGCGCCUCGGGGCCGUGCCGCAACGGGGGCACCUGCGUGGGCAGUGCCGGCACCCACCGCUGCCUCUGCGCCCCGCCCUUCACAGGGCGCGCAUGCGAGGUGGUCCUGGCCCCCUGCGCCCCCGACCCCUGCGACAAUGGGGGCACCUGCGCCCCCACCGCCGACUACGGGGGCUUCACCUGCCGCUGCCCCCCCGGCUGGCAAGGGGAGCGGUGCCAGGAGGACGUGGACGAGUGUGGGGCCAGCCCCUGCCAGCACGGGGGCACCUGCGCCAACCGCCCCGGCACCUUUGGGUGCCUCUGCCCCCCUGGCUACGGGGGGGGCGUCUGUGAGCAUGACCUCGAUGACUGCGACCCCGGUGAGCGGGACCCCCCCCCGAGGGGACAGGGGCUUGGGGGGGGGGGGGGC